AUGCGCCUCCAAGCUUCUCUCAAAGCAAUAAUGGCGUCCCCCUUAGCCGUGUGCAGGUUACAUAUGAGGGGAAGGGGCAGCCUGGCGACGUGCCUACAGAGGGUCGACACAUUUCUUCACAGGAAUAUUGGUACAAACGCUGUUGCCGCGCAAGGUGAAGCACUUCAAAAAGACGAAUCUGAGGAAAAGAACGGACGCAAAUCUUUGUAUGCUGUCCAGGCGGAGAGACAAGAACAAGCAGAACGAUCAGUUCUCAUUAGCUGCCAAUCCAGGACCAGUGAGAAAAAGUUCCUAAAGUAUUUAUCAAAACAUGGAGACAUCCAGAAAUACUUCUAUUAUGAAAGCUACGGUCUGUAUGCUGUGGUGGAAUUUGCAAACCGAGAAAGUGUUGCCUCAUUACUUGAAGAGGCAGCCAUCCCCAACAUCAGCCACGAACCUGUGGUGCCUUUGAAAUCGAGACUGCUGACACUGAGGAACCCCGGCUCAGUGGAGUCAACAAACAAGCAGUCAGGCCAGCAGUGCCAACAGCAAAGCAGCAUUCCCAUAAACGAGCUCAUAAAGAGACUGUCCAAAGAGGAGAGUAUAGACCAACAGAUGUCCUCCCUGAUGGAUGUCUAUCAGCUUACAGAGGAGAACAGCCGACUGCGUUUCCUCGUCUGCUCUCUGCUCAAAGACGUUGUUGCUCCUUAUUUCCCAGAAUGCACCAUCAAACCAUUUGGCUCAUCAGUGAACGGCUUUGGAAAGAUGGGCUGUGACCUGGACAUGUUCUUGGACCUGGAUGACAUCAGUGGGAGAAAUGCAAAGAUGCCGAAAUCAGGUCUGUUCCUGGAGUACCAAAUGAAGAGGACCACGUCGGAGCGGGCCGUCACGCAGAACAUCCUGUCUGUCAUCGGGGAGUGUGUGGACCAGUUUGGGCCUGGGUGUGUGGGGGUGCAGAAGAUUCUCAACGCUCGAUGUCCCCUGGUCCGUUUUGCGCACCAGCCCUCUGGUUUUCAGUGUGACCUCACAGCCAACAACAACAGGGUGGCGUUGAAGAGCACAGAGCUGCUUUACCUGUACGGAGAGCUGGACCCGCGGGUUCGUUCUCUGGUGUUCACCGUGCGCUGCUGGGCCCGAGCUCACACCAUCACCAGCAGCAUCCCCGGAGCCUGGAUCACCAACUUCUCCCUCACCGUCAUGGUGCUGUUCUUCUUGCAGAGGAGGAGCCCUCCCAUCAUCCCCACCCUGGACCAACUCAGAGACCUUGCAGGUCCCGCGGACAAGAGCGUGAUUGAGGGGAACGAUUGCACGUUUGUCAGCGACUUCAGCAAGAUCCAUCUCCAGAGCAACACAGAAACACCCGAGCGACUGCUGCGUGAAUUCUUUGACUUCUAUUCCACCUUUCCAUUCAGCAAGAUGUCCAUAAAUAUCAGAAAGGGCAAAGAGCAGAACAAGCCGGAGGUAGUCCCGCUGCAUAUCCAGAACCCGUUCGAAACCUCUCUGAACGUCAGCAAGAACGUCAGCGCCACGCAGCUCGAGCGCUUCAUGGCUCUGUGUCAGGAGAGCUCUUGGCUGCUCCAUCACAGUAACAAGACACCCAGAGUUGGUAAUGAAAACGCUCCCUCACCUUGGGGACUCGCCACCCUCUUCCUGCCCUCCAAGGUUGCAACGAUCAAAGGGCUUAAAAGAAGGAGGGCGGAGCCGGCCAAUGAGAGGAUCAAAAGCUUGCUGGAAUCCUUGACGAUUGGCAAAAAGAAAAGCUAAGACUUUUGGGAGCGCUCAGAAAUCUGCUCCAUCCUCUAACUAUCACUUUAACUUGUACAUUGAUGGACACCUUCUGGUGGUGUUUUCAGAUGCCUCCCGGUGGAGGAGAGGAGCAGCUGAAGCAGAGGAAUCCAUCUGCUGGACUGUAGUUCCAAACACGGACACCGGGGGGUGUCGCUGAGGCCUGUGUGUGCAUGUGUUUGGGACAUGGAGUAAGGGAGUGAUGUGUACUUUACUGUAUACUUGCCUACUCAGUUAUAAUUAAAGAUCAUACUGUGUCAACUACUGCAAA